AUGGCCCCGAAACGCCGCCCUUUUUCGCAAUUGCAAUGGAAACAACGCAGCCGCAUCCUCGCGCAAGUGGUGUCCAUCUUCCAGGCACACUGCCUUUCCCUAGAUGAUGCGAACCUCUUGAUUGAGAAGGCGUUCCGCAAAUGUCAAUCGUUUUUACCUGGCCUGGCCUUGGAUAACCAGAUGUGUGCCCAGCUGCUUGGAGCAUUGGGCCGAGUUCGAUCUGCAGUCUUGGAGGGUCUUGGCAAUCAACAACUGAACACACCCAGGAUCUCAGUAGCUCAGUUGGACGCUGCUGUCUGCACUUUACCACUGACACACGAAAGAGUGAGACAAUGGGGUUACGACAUCAGUGUCCGAGCAUACACUUCAGCUCAAGCACAGCAGGUGCCUUGUCAAUCUUCUUCCUCGCGUAGUGCCGCGCACAAUGUUGGAGGUGAACAUUGUCGUCAUUUGGAACGCAGUCUGAUCCCCCAAGCCCUGCGCGAAACUGAAAAUGCUAAGCGCGACAUCUGCACCAUUUUCCCAAACUAUUUCCAGAAAUUCUAUGCCGCGGAAUCCACCAAGACCAUUAUGGAAGACACGGAUAAGUUCCCUUUCAUCAACUUGUUCCUCACGUACAUUGACAAUGAGAACCGCAAUGCCCGAGAAAACGCUUCACGCCGGGAAAUGCCUCAACGGGACCGUCUAGCCCUCCACCAAACAGAGGCCUACUUCAUCCAUUCCUUGAAGGCUCAUGUUGAACUGCUUGAAGCCUACCGGUGGCAUCAAAUCUCUAGCAGGCGCCAGGAGAAUGUUUUGCUGCAGCUCCGAGGUGGAAGCCUGGGCGCUGACGAACUCAUGGUCCAGUUUGAUUUCAAAGAGAAUGUAAGGUAUCCCAUCAGCCGUGAAGAGACUUCCGAAGAGUGGCAUGCCCAGAACAAGCUGUCACUCACUGUUUAUGGGGCCAGCGUCCUUGCGCCUGCCAAAGCAGGCGGGCAUGUUGAGUUGUACCUCUUGCUUGUGUCGGAGGUUUUAGACCACGACGCGCAAAUUGCCAACAUGCUCCUGAACCAGGUUUUAGUCCUUGUGCGUGACCAUCCGCGCGUCAAUUUCCCUGCUCUUCGCAAACUCUGGUUGGUUUCAGAUUGUGGCCCUCAUUUCCGUUCAUAUGAAAGUGCUGCCCACUUCCUAGUUACUUUGGUGACCACUUUGAAAGUGAAGGUUCACGUGAUGUAUCUUGGAGAACAGCAUGGGAAAGGAGCCUGUGAUCGCCUCUUUGGCUGGACCAAUGAGUGGCUCCAACGGUACCUUCAAGAAAAACCCAUUCAUGGCAUCAAGGACCUUGUUCAGGCAUAUCGCUCGGGAAGCACCGCCAUGGCGCAGAUGGAUCCGUCAGGUGCAGCUUUUCUUGUGCAUUCCUUCGACCCUGGCCAGUCUAGACCAUCCCGCCGAUUGUUCUUCAACUGUUCAACUUUGAAAAUCUCAAGGACCUAUAGCCUUUCGGCAGAACCCAAUUCGCUGGCCCCGUCCGGAAUCACCAUCCGAAACAAUGUUUUCAGCGACUUGGUCUCCAACCAAUCCCUGGGACCUUGGUCAAUUGGUGAAACAAUAUCCGAAGAUGAAGAACAAUGGCGGCGAGGUUACUAUGACAAACCGCGAUCCUGGGAAGAACUGGGCCCCCAAGCCGGUGAUGUCAAUGAACUCACACGGAAAUACACAGCCCAGAAGUCUUUCAAAUCCCAUGCCAUGCCAGCGCCAAAAAGAUCACUGGAAGAAAAACUAUCAGCCAAGGCCCGAACUCUCAGCAAGCAGGCUCGAAAGCGUCGACGGCAACAGGCAGCAUUGAAAGCUGACGGUGAACUUCUGAAAAAGUUCGCUGCGGCCUACCGCAUGUUCUCGGAUAUGGACGAACCCGGUCGCUCCGGUGCGCGGAUCGACUUCAAACCCAUGGAGAGCAGCUUCACCGAUGAAGACAUCCAUGAACACAUUGCAAUUACCAAGGAGUUGUUCUUGCUGAUCAUUCAGGAUCAAUCUGUUCAGUUUCUGAUGGAUGAGUUAGACCUCCCCCACGACCGUGCCAAUCUCUUCGAGAUCAUCGAUGCUGAUGGCUCUGGCACGCUGCACGUGACGGAGCUGGUUCAGGGCCUCUUGAAGAUUCGUGGUGAAGUGAAGAAGAGCGAUGCAGUGGCCACCCUUUUGGCCACCAAAGCCAUUCAGAACAUGGUCCUCGAGCUCAAGGAGGAACAAGCGGAGUUUAGAAACACCGUGCUGAAGAAGAUCGAGCCACGUCAAAGGACGUCCCGAAGUGAGUCAGCAGUGAUGAAACCGUCAUGA